UGGAAUCCGACCCUAUUAGAAUUGUUAUCAGGCUAUGACGCUACUUACCUCAAUCACAAUUUUUACAGCUCCAAAGUCGGAAAGAGAAAGAAAAAGGAACAUUGUUUAUUAUUUGAAUUAUCUAAUUCCGAUUCAGCUCCAUCACAAUCAAUCAAAAAAGAAGAAAGUUUUUUUUUGUUUUGGAGAAAAGCUAUUGUAUUUUAGAUACAUCCGAAGCGAUCAAAGGAGAGGUUAGAUUUUAGAUGGCGAUACUGUACGCGCUGGUUGCGCGUGGAUCGGUGGUGCUGGCGGAGUUCACGGCGACGUCGACGAACGCGAGCGUGAUCGCCAGGCAAAUUCUAGAGAAAAUACCAGGAGACAACGACACUCAUGUUUCGUAUUCACAAGAUCGGUAUAUCUUCCACGUUAAACGCACCGAUGGACUCACCGUUCUUUGUAUGGCCGACGAGAGUGCUGGACGGCGAAUUCCUUUUGCAUUUCUUGAAGACAUUCAUCAGAGAUUCGUGAGGACUUACGGCCGUUCAGUUUUUUCAGCCCUUGCUUAUGGCAUGAAUGAUGAAUUUUCAAGGGUUUUGAGCCAGCAAAUGGAAUAUUAUUCAAGUGAUCCUAAUGCUGAUAGGAUAAAUCGACUAAAAGGUGAAAUGAGUCAGGUGCGAAAUGUUAUGAUAGAGAAUAUUGACAAAGUUUUAGAGAGAGGUGAUCGCUUAGAAUUGCUGGUUGACAAAACUGCCAACAUGCAAGGAAAUACCUUUCGCUUCAGAAAGCAAGCUCGCCGUUUUAGAAACACAGUAUGGUGGAGAAAUGUCAAGCUUACGGUUGCUCUGAUAAUCCUCCUCCUAAUUAUUGUUUACAUUGUGCUGGCUUUUGUUUGCCACGGGAUCACACUACCUUCCUGCCUAAAAUGAGGUCGACAGAUUGAGAUUCAAUCACUUCCCACUCCCAUGCCCCCCUUUCCUUUUGUUUCCGUUUUUGUUUGUUUGUUUCAGUCUCUGCUUGAGGGGUAUUGGGAUCCUUCUGUUUCCAACUUCCUCUGCUGCGAGUUGCAUUUACUUAUUAUUUAUUCAAUGUUAAGAGCUAGAACUUUCGUGUUGCGCUUGUGUAACCAUGUUUACUCGUGGAGCUUGGAAUGAUUUGGUGUUUGCCUUUUGAAGACAUGGCUUGAUUUCUCAAAAUUUAUAUAGGACUGUAAUUUUCUUUUCUUUUUUU